GGAAAUCUUUGAAAGCUCGCCGUUAUUAAUUACGGAGAGAACAAGCAAAUGUCCUUGGCGCUGGCAAUACCACCACUAGGCUGCCGCUGCUGCCAUCUCCAUCUCCUCAACCACCGUCUCUCCGCUUCUUUCCUAUCCACCGCCGCGGCGGCCAAUAAGCAGAUGGUUACCACUGCAAGCAGCAGCAGCAGCAGCAGCGGCGGCUGCAGGGCCGGCGAAUACACCACCAUCACAGAAACAGUGACGUUCGAGAAAGAAAUCAAGAAGAGCAAAUUCAUCGCCAUCGCUGGCUCCAUCUCCAACGAACAAUCCGCCCAGUCUUUCCUCUCUCAGGUCCGGGAUCCGCGGGCCACUCACAAUUGUUGGGCUUAUAAGGUCGGCGACCAGUACCGUUCUAAUGACGAUGGGGAACCAUCUGGCACGGCUGGGAAGCCAAUACAUUCUGCAAUCGUAUCUUCAGGUCUGGACAGAAUUAUGGUGGUCGUCAUUAGGCAUUUUGGAGGUAUCAAAUUAGGAACUGGGGGCCUUGUCAGGGCUUAUGGGGGAGUGGCGUCGGAAUGCCUGAGAAAUGCCCCUACUUGUCUUGUGAAAUCUAAGGUUCCAAUGGGUGUGGAGGUUUCUUUUGAUCUUCUGGGAGCUCUAUACCAUCAGCUACAGUCCUUCCAAGUUGAAGACAUCAAACAGGAUUAUGAUACUGGUAAAGACGGCAUCACCAUGGUCUCCUUCAAGGUUGAUUUUGAUAAGGUUGAGAAAUUGGAAGAGGCAAUCAAAACCCAUUGUAGCCGGGAAAUAGUGUUUUAUAAACAAUAAGACUGACCUAUUUAUCCAUAAGAGUUGUCAUCAGUUCCAACAUACUAUCGUGGAGGCAGCUGUUGCAAGAUUAACAUGUACUGCUCUUGUCUGCUGUACUGGAGCAAAAUCUCUUGCCAUAUAUAGGAUUGGUUCUCAAUUGCCCAAUUCUUGUUUUGGGGAAUUCCCUAGUACAAGGAAAUUACUGAAAGUCACCUGUUACACAACUGCUAUAACAUAAAGAGGUUGUUCUUGACAUCAUUCUUUCAUUGCAAUUUCUAGGAAACACUAUUUGCAGCCAAUAUACUGUUCUAUUUGUA